GUCAAUUCUGUACGUUUAUCAAUACUGAUACAAAAAUUGUAAAUAUUAGACUAAUAGCUAUAUGCUAAAAUUAAAAGUCAUUCAAAAAUUAUAACGCAAUUGAAUUCGAUAUUCAUACUGCACACAAUACAUCAUAAAUUCUUUAUAACAUUUUAUGUGAAGCUAAGAAUGAAAAAAUGUCUACAGAGGAGUUGCCAGCUGAUUUAGACAAACUGAAAAUAACACCAAAAAGGGAACACAUCAGAUUAUGUGACAAAAAUCCAUUUUAUAGUCCCAGCAUUACAUCCAGCACUGAAACAAUUGUGGCACCCAUACAAAAUACAAAGCAAAUAAUUCAUUGUAAGAUGCGCCGAAUACGUCGAAGAUCAGAGAGCAACGUUGAUGAUUUCGAUAAGCAAUUGAAUACUUCAGUUCCUUCUGCUUCAGAUAAUUUUGAAAUUUGCGUUAAUCCUUUACGAGUGAAUAAAAUUCAAUUGAAACGAAGCAAUAUUACAGUAUCGAAAAGAAAUCUGCUACGUGAACCUGUACUACGAAUCGCGCAUGACAAUCUAUAUACGAAAGGUGGUUUUGGUACCCGUAUUCGUCGCUCGAUUCCAUUAAAUCUAGACGAAAGAAAUCGCGUAAAUUGUCACAAGCCGCGAAUUAAUAUAAACAUUAAGUCAAGUAUAAUUGGAAUUUGUAGUUUUCGGGAUCUAAUCAGCGAAUGCAAUAUAUUGCUGGAUGAAUCUCAAUCUAAGAAGCACCCGUUGGACAACAACUUGCAUAUGUCAAAAAACUUCAUAACAUGUCAGCAACGAGGGACAGGGCCUCAAAAAAAACUUCACAGAAAUGGCGAUAAUAAUGGAGAUGACCAGGCAGUUAAACAUCGUGGUCUUGGCAGGAUUACCUCCAUGGCCAGUUCCAGGUCUACUUCCAGUUCCAAACUUUCAUGUUCCCAGGAAGCAGGCAACAAUGGAGUAAGCCCGAGAAAUUGCGACGAUAUCACCAUAGUGGAGUUGGCUAGUUAUUUCGACACCAUGGUGCAUAUUCCUAAGAAGAUGUCCUCGAUGGCUGAAAUGAUGUAUAUUUAAGAAUUUGGCACUGCCAAAAUUAUAUUUAAUUUACUUCAAGCUUAAAGAAUGCCAUCUGUGUGUUAUUUACUUGUAUAUAAACAAAAUAUUUGAAUGAGUGUCAAUAGAUUAAAUCUAAGCUUUAUCAACUGUGCAUACGCAUACAAUCU